AUGGGACCAGGCAUUCAGGAAUAUCCAUUACUACUGCACAGAGAGACACAGCCCAAGGAAAGCCACACCAAUGAAAACCACAAAGGAAUGGUAAAUUAUACUAAUGGAAAAAGCCAUCCGAGCACCAAAGGACUAAAUAAACCAAUUUCUUAUGUGAAAUCCUCUCCUGGAAGACUGGGCAAGAAUGUAUCAAGUGCCAUUGAAAAGAUUUCCCAUGACACUCAGGAUGGUAACCAGCCAAGUGUUUAUAAGAAGGGAAGAAACCAGCUGGAUGGCAAUACUCAGUCCAAAAGGCCCCCAAGUGUUUGCACCUCACUGCACACUGCACAAGGACCAAAGAGGAGUCUCCCAGAAAGAAGGCAAAAUGAAUCUUUCCUGCACAGGAUCCCUCCUAGCACAAAGGGCAGCACACAAGGAACCUUCUGUAGAGUUAGAGAUGUCCCAAUGCAACAUUUUUAUUGCAGUAAAAAAGAGCAGUUGGAGAAGAAUCACGAAGAACACGUUGCUGAAGCCAGUCCAGGUCCUUCUAAAUGGCAAGAAACGUCCGUAGGUGAAAUGUUUCUUGAUUUUGAAUCAGUACAGAUUAUUAAAGAAGAUGCUGAAGAUGACAGUGCCAGUGACCUCUCUGAUUCAGAAAGGAUCCCCAUUCCCCCCUCUCCCUGCACACCACCAGAACUCAUCCUCAGAGCUGAAGAAAUCGAUCCAGUUUGUUUGGAACACGUCCCUGAAAUGGGACUUACAGAAUCAGAAUAUUACUACCCGGACUUCCUCCCACCCCCUUUCAACUCCUGGGACUUGAAGCAGUUGGCUCUCUUUGUCCAUGCUGAAGGUAAGACUGACUUCCGACCGAAGCCAACAGGAUUCCUGGAGAAGUACAUGGAUCGCCUGCUGCAGCUGGAGUGGCUGCAGGUGCAGACUGUGCAGAGCGAGAAGGGGAAGGCUGCCAGGGCCAGGCCCCAGACUGCUCCUGGCUCCAGCCGGGGCCUGAAGAGCCCUGGCAAAGGCAAAGCAUUGCUCAGCCCUGUGCCUAACAGGCAAGGGAUUCCCCAGGAAAGCGUGACAAAGCUGCCCAGGAGCUGUCUGGGGCACAGGGGAGAUCCCUACUGCGAGGAAAGUCGCCAGUUGCGUUCUCACCCAGCUCGCUUGAAACCGGCUGAGAGAACGGGAUGUGCAGCAGCUCAGCAGAGACAAUCUGGUGAGGUCAGGAGUGAGCUGAAAAAGAAACCAGCUGCAAAGCAACAGCUUCUCAACCUGCAGCCUUCAGAGAACAGCUCCAAAAUCCAAAGUGUUGGGAACAUCAGACCCCCCAAGCAAAGCCCAGGUUUCCACGGUGCAGCUGCUCCCGUCAAAGGCCUCAAACCGUACGCGUGUGCGAACCCAAAGAAAAACGGCAACACCAACAGUUAUGUUCCUCCUAAAAAACCAGCAGGGGACAGGAAAAUAAAAACAAAUGGCACAAAGCAAACCCCAUGUAAAUUCAAGUGA